AUGGCGGAUUUGCUGGAGCGGGACAAGACGGCGCUGCGCAACAAACUUGGCUCCGGACCGGCGAGUUUGGUGGAAAAUUUGCAGAAAUGGCUGCAGGCGUUCGGGGCCAUGCACUUUGAGAAAGGUACCACACAUGAUGUAUAACGCAGUGAGUCAACAUCCGACUGACGUGUUCAAUUCUACUACGUUCGAACACCAGAAAAGGGGAAAUUAAGUUAGUGAAGUGAAGUGUAUUAAAAACAAAUUCGCGGUUGCGGAUGAUGACGAUCGUGAAUUCAUCGCAGAUGACAGCGAGAGCCUGUCCGCGAUUUUGAAGGAGCACGAAGAAGACAUCGCGGCUUUGCGGGAACGGGACGACGAGCUGAUGCAAUCGGCGAUUGACAUCACCAGAACCUCCAUCAAGCAGGAACAUCAAAAGGACAACAACUGCUUCAACAACGACCGCCUGUGUUCCACUUCUAACUCCCAACAACUUGUUUCUACUUCUUCGCAGCAGCUAGUACAUCCCGUCGUCCAGAGACAGCCGUCCGUCCCGACAAUUCCCGAGGAAGCAGAUGACGCAACAACGUCGCCGAGCGUAGUUGUGAACCGGCAGACAGUGUGCAGCGUGGGCAGGAUAUCGGUGGAGAUGGGCGGGGGUAGAAGUAGUGGCUCUUCUGGAAUUGACGCGGAUCUACUUCACAGCACCGCGAUAUCGAUUUCGAACUCGCAAAAGGUCGUACAGCAGCAGGAACACCAGCAGGGACUUUUGCAGGUUUCGUCUGCAUCCAAGGACCAAGUUGGAGGAGGUACUAGUAGCAGUACCACUACGACUUCUACU